AUGUCUUCCACGUGUGGGCCUUUGGGGAACUCCCUAAUCGGCCGUAGUGAUACUAAGGAUAAAGCUGGAGCGGGUGUUGUGUUGUAUUCCUGCGAAAUUUGCGGCCAAGAUGGCCUCGCUGAGGACGAAUUGAGAACUCACAUGGAAUUGACUCAUAUCAAGGGCGCGGUCCAGUGUCCCUUCUGCGACCUCAAAGACAUUACCGCUCAAGAGAUGACCUUGCACGUGAAUUGUGUUCAUUUAGAGUAUAUCACCCCUGAGAAUGAGGACAAAGAGUUUCUUGAAUACGAUUUCGAUGACGACAUGGAUAGCAUUUUUCAAUUGGAACAAAAUGCUAAAGAAGGGAUCACGAGUGGCGUGGAUCGGAGUCCCAUCGACAAAUCCUCCAACCUGAACCUGAGCCGUCCCUCGACCUCGAAUUCGUUCAUUUCAUCCAUGUCCACGAGCACGGAGACUUCGGACACGUCCAUGAUAUCGCAGCAAAGGAUGUCCACGCAAACAUUGAAUGCGGAUUCUGAAACUGCUGCAUCCUCGUGCUCAAGCUUAAAUUCCUCUCCCGGGCGACACCAUUCGAACAAUGGCGCCAUUCAGAAACGUCCUCGGAGUUUGCUCGAGAACAAUAACCACCGAUCAAAGGCCAGCCUAACCCUGAACGUAAAGUCCCGAAAUCUUCCAGCACGAUCCUCUUCGGAAAAGCGACUUCAAAGGAAUCGGAACGACAAUCAUGUCUUGCUCCCUUGUCCCAUGUGUGAACACAAAGAGGCUGACCCAAUCGCUCUUCAGGAGCACGUCAACCGGGCCCAUUUUGACUUGGCCAGCCCAGCAGUGACCACAUAUUGCUCGGCCUCGACUCUUGAGGCCCGGGCCAAUUCUCUUCCGUUGCCUUGUCCUUUAUGUACGUCCACCUUUCCCACGGCCCGGACCUUGGAAACCCAUGUGAACACGGAUCAUGCGGAUGUGUUGAAUCCCACGAAAAAGUCCAAAGAGCUUCGCGAAAAGGAUCGCCAAAAUGGCAACACUGAAGAUUCCCAAUGUCCAGUGUGCCAAGAGAAAGGCUUCUCUAAUUUCAAUCAUCUUGCCAAGCAUAUCGAAAAUCACUUCAAUCCCACAUGGGCGGAAAGCGAGCGGCAAAAAUCCAAGGAGUCGUCCAAACGAUCGCGAAGUUCCGGUCCGGAUUUGGAACAAGAUCGCCUUUUGGCUGAGAAGAUUGACUAUCAAGAACGGGAAAAGAGGAAAUUAGAAGAGGAGAAGGGCUUUAAUCAGCUGCGUUCACAAUACGGGUUGGAUAACGACGGGAAUUUCAAGACCCAAAGCCUCAUUGGAAUGGAAAAGGCCGUGCGGAAAGGGCAACUUUCCGUGGUUGAUUACUACGAAAAAGAGGUUGAGAUGAAGGAAAAUGGACAUCUUGGACGGGAUGACGGGAAAUCAUGUACCAAGAACGUGCUGCCCUUGUUGGAGUCCUUGAGCACCUCCUCCUACGGCGUCCGUAAGACCUACCUAUGCUCGCCCGUAGACCAUUACGCGGCCGCCUAUGGGGAUCGCGGCUGGGGAUGCGGCUACCGGAACUUCCAAAUGUUGCUCUCGGCAUUGUGCCGUAACACUUCUUACUCGGAGAAAUUGCCCGGUUGUUCCCCAACCCACAUGUAUUCCAUUGACAAGCUUCAGAUACUCAUAGAGCGGGCUUGGUCUCUCGGAUUCGAUCUGAGUGGGCGGGAACAACUGGGUGGGGCUCUCAAGAACUCUCGGAAAUGGAUCGGAGCCACGGAGAUCGUGGCCAGUCUCACGGCCUUGGGGAUCAAAACCGAACUGGCGGAUUUCCACAAGCCCUCUGCUCAAGAUGGCUCUCAUCCGAUGCUCUACAAUUGGGUGGUGGACUAUUUCCGGCGGCGAAGCGGGAAAUUCACGCCGCCAUUGUACUUCCAACAUCAAGGUCAUUCCCGGACGAUUGUGGGCGUGGAGAUCUUGAAGAACAACGCCCUCCGACUUUUAGUGCUAGACCCAAGCAACACGAGAAUGGCCGACCUAUUCCGGAGGAAAGACAACAACGCCAUUCAGGUGCUCAAGAGUAUUCGGAAACAUCCCGCGGCCAUCAAGAGCAAACAAUACCAGAUUGUUGCUGUGACCGGCAUUCUAGCCUCCGAGGACGAGGUUCAAGCUCGAAAAGUGAUAGCAUCUCAACGUAUCCCUUGACACUCGGCUGAACUUGAUCACUCGGCAGAUGAUCUAUGAUAUAACUAUAUACAUACAUACAUACAAACAUACUUCAAAUUCCGAUCUGCUUGAACAUUUUCUCUCGCUCCUCUCUUCUCCGACUUCUUCCACAUUUCGCAUCGUUUCUCCAGUCACACUUAUGUGCCGGCCAAGCCUAACUGGAUGAAGCGAUCUUACUUUAUAGAUAUCGUCCUGAUGAGUAGCCAACCCUCCUCAAGUGACCUUGGCUUCGUUGACAAUGAUGUUCCGGAGAUAACAACGGGUGUGACAUGAAUUGGGACAGCAUUGUUGUGACACUGACUUGAUCUCUAUUUUCUGCUAAACUUGAGCCUAAUUUUGCAAAAUACAAUCAUCUCUCUUUACUAAACUAAAA